AUGGCGGUGAAGAGAAUUUAUCAAAAUUCUGAGGAGGGGCUUAGACAAUACGAAUCAGAAAUUGCAAUAAUUGACAGCCUGUCGCAUCCUAAUUUGGUUCCCCUUCUGGGAUGGUGCCAUGAUAGAAACGGCGAAUUUCUUCUGGUUUACGAGUAUAUGUCCAAUGGCAGUCUGGACGAAUAUUUGUUUAAAGGAGAAGCUCAGAUUCGGGCUCUGAGUUGGAAUGAGAGAUUCAGUAUAGUCUGCGACUUAGCUUCGGUUCUUCUCCAUCUCCAUGAGGAAUCGAGCCUCCGAGUUCUGCAUAGAGACAUCAAAUAUAGCAAUAUCAUACUGGACUGCAACUUUGUGGCACAACUUGGAGACUUUGGUUUGGCUCGGCUGAUGGAGCACGAUAACACGUCUUGCUACACAAAACCAGGUGGCACCAUGGGUUAUAUCGCGCCAGAGUGCUUUCAAACAUUGAGGGCUAGUUCAGAAUCAGAUGUCUUCAGCUUUGGUGCAGUGGCUCUGGAAAUUGCCAGUGGAAGGCCCGCGUUCGACAAAGGACUUACGUUUUGUAAUAUGAGUUUGGUGAACUGGGUAUGGAGUCUGCAUGAGAUGGGACACAUACUUGAUGCAGCUGAUGAAUUGCUUGAUAAAGAAAGAGACGGUGCACAAAUCGAAAGGUUGAUGCUCGUUGGAUUGUGGUGCUCCGUCCAUGAUUAUAGACAGAGACUAAGAAUGCAGUUAGUUCUUGAAACCUUAAAAUUUGAAGCUGAAGUGCCUAUUCUCUAA